CCGAUCAGGCAUUACAUUAUGACCACCUUCCUAAUAUUGUGUUGGUCCCCCUUUUGCUGCCAAAACAGCCCUGACCCGUCGAGGCAUGGACUCCACUAGACCCCUGAAGGUGUGCUGUGGUAUCUGGCACCAAGAUGUUAGCAGAAGAUCCUUUAAGUCCUGUAAGUUGUGAGGUGGAGCCUCCAUGGAUCGGACUUGUUUGUUCUGCACAUCCCACAGAUGCUCGAUUGGAUUGAGAUCUGGGGAAUUUGGAGGUCAAGUCAACACCUCAAACUCAUUGUUGUGUUCCUCAAACCAUUACUGAACCAUUUUUGCUUUGUGGCAGGAGCAUUAUCCUGCUGAAAGAGGCCACCAGGGAAUACCGUUUCCAUGAAAGAGUGUACAUGGUCUGCAACAAUGCUUAGUUUUUAAGAUGUCCAACUGCACCCUGAACAUCACCGCUGGCAUCCAGAACUUUCAGCUGGCCUCACUGAUUCCCACCUUCAUCCUCGGGGUCCCGGGAAACAUAUACGUCUUAGUGAUGUUCUUCCGGCGUCCCAGAGCAGACUGGACCUACAUGAACAUCUACAUCACCAAUAUGGCCAUCGCCGACUGCAUCGUGCUGGUGCUUCUUCCCAUCCGCAUCGCGUCCUACUAUGAAAACACCUGGAAAUUCUGGGACCAAACGAACAAAGAGCUGUGUUACGUUCUUGUGUCGGUUUAUUACGUCAACAUGUACGUGAGUAUCUUCACCAUCACUGCCAUAAGUGUGGUGCGGUACGUGGCCAUCAAGUACCCCAUGAAGGCCAGAAUUAUUUUGUCUUGUAGAAACGCUCUGGUGGUUUGCGCGGUCAUUUGGUUGGUCACGUGCUCGUUUAGCGUGGCUUUCCAUCACGUGGAUGAUCCGAAGAAUAACGCCACGAUCAAGUGCUUUCAGAAGAAUAAAAAAGAGGAGCUGCCGUUGGUGUUCAUUCUCGUGCUGAACAUCGUCGGGUUCCUCGUGCCGUUUCUCAUCAUGUUGUUUUGCUCCGUCAGAGUCAUUUACAUGUUGAGGAAACAGUUGGAAGUCGGGUCCCGUAGCGAGAAGAUGAUCCAGUGCAUGUUCAUCAUCGCGGCUAACCUGAUUGUGUUCGUCGUAUGUUUCUUCCCCGUUCACUUCGGGUUUUUCUUGAAGUACAUCGCGCAGGCUUAUAAGUACAGUUGUGACGUGCAGUCUUUCACACAUAAUUUUGUUCACUUCGCCAUGUGCGUCUCCAGUAUGAACUGCGCUUUGGACUGCUUCAGUUAUUACUUCGCCACCAGAACUUCUUGGAUAUUGUGCUGCACGAAAAAAACUAGAAAUGAAGAAUAUGAAUGUGAGUAUAACAAGGUUUCAUGAUGACUUAGCAUUAUCAAAAUAUAUUUGAAUUAGUGCUGUCAAUUGAUAAAAAAAAAAAAAAAACGUAAUUAA